UCGGCGGACAAUGUUUCGAUAGUGUUCGCAUCGGCUUCGGAUAUGGUUCGGAUAAGCUUCAGAUCGGAUCUGAUUUGGAAUCAGUUUCGGACCAGGUGCAGACAAGGCGAGCCCUCGAUCAGGUGCGAGGGACGGCGAUCGAUCACUGUCGGGGUGCAGCAGCCGGCGUUUCCAUUGAAUAACGGCGGAGUGGGCGGGCCACUCGCGAGAGUUCCCGGCGGUGGUCGGGGGACCGCUGCAACGACGGGGGGGCGAGCGGAGAGCAGAGAGGCGAAUGUGGUGGAACACAUCAUUGCACGUGUGUCCACAAUGCGUGCGACAAGUGAUGGUGACGGAGGUGGGGAGGGCAGGGUUGACGACAUGUGUGAAGACGUGAAUGAAGUAGAGGAGGAGAAAGAAGAGGAAGAGGAGAUGGAGGACGAAGUUCCCCCGCCUUCAAGCGGCCGCAAGAAGACACCUGCGAAGAAAGCGACUUUGAAGGGGUGGGGUAAAGGGAAGGCGGGCAGCGAAGGGCGGACUAUAUGGAAUCUGGACGAUUCCCUCACUCUUGUCCGUUGUAAGCGGGAUCAAGACGAGGCCUUGGAGGCCGCUGGACACAACUUCAUGUGCAUGAAGAACAAAGAAUGGAAAUGGACGGACGUCGCCAACCGCAUGGGCGCGUUGGGGUUGAAGAGAGAUUGGGACCAGUGUAUGAAACGGUGGGAGAAUAUCUUCUCGUGGUACAAGAAAGUGCAGUUGAGAGAGGAGUCAGGCAAGCAAUCUUUCUUCACUCUCACGCCAAAGCAGCGAAACGAGCAAGGGUAUAAGUUCCAAAUGGAUCGCCGUCUGUUCGAGGCGAUCGAUGCGGGCCAGCAUGGCAACCAGACCAUUCACCCACCAAAUCUGGUGGAUACCGGCGUGUCUCAGCUGCAAGGAGGGGGAAACGGUGGUGGGGGAGAAACUUCUGCGAGCGAGAAUGAGGAGACAGGCAGGGGGGAGGGAUCAGGAAGCAGAUCAUCCGGAGUGCCCAACCGCUGGACAGGGGGUGUCGAUGUCACAGGGGACAUGGUGCGAAUGCUCGUCUCCGUGCUGGCGAAGGAGUUUGAGGAGCGCCUUCACCGCCCAUCCACGUUUCGAGUUGUGGUCAAUGCGCCGCUAGAGCCCAAAGACGAUCUGCAAGGGGAUGUUCGCAUCCUGCGAGACGAUAUCUUCUGAGCUUUCCUUUGCAGAGCGCCUUUUCCGACUUCGUUGUUUCCAUGACUGGAUAGCGGUUCAAACACUUUAGA